AUGUCAUCACCAUCAACCGCGCCGUCAUCAUCACCCUACGGCAUGGGGGGUCUUUGUGACAUCACAGGCAACAUUCCUGAACUCGCGGGUUCAAUUUUCCAGACCAAAAACGCUGGGCACAAGCGAGAGAUGCAGACGUAUAUGAUGGCGCUCGAUGGAAUCAAAACAGAAGCUGAUAAGCAGGACACACUGUUCACGAAAUUAUGCAUCGAAACAGUGCAUUCGAGCUACCUUGCGGCGCAGAAUCGUGUGCGCCAGUACACCCAAUUUUUGACACUCCUAAAGCGUGAGGAGGAUGCAUGGGCACAGAGGGCUAGCAGGGCGUGUUAUCUAAUGCCGGAUUACAAGCCUGGCAGUCACUCAUUCUAG